AGAGGAUAGGUCGGCUGGCUGACCACUAGGUGAGGGAGCCCAAGCAGCUGGCUCUAAAGAGGCCGUGCUCAGUAGUCAGUCAUGAGCUGUGAGGAUCAAAGACAGCUACCCAUCAGAUGAUCUUCUCUCUGCUUGCUGAGGCCCAGGCCAUCGAGGACAAGUAGCUCUGCCCUUUUGUCAAGAGUAGCUGUGACACUGCUUGUCCCCGCUGCUGCGGCUGCACCCUCUCGGGCUCAUUAAAUUGCCACCCGAGGGGCUCUCGACUCAGGGCCAUCCACCUGGAGCAUGGGGCUUUCAGAGGUCCAGCUCUGGCCAGUGCUACUGUGGGCAUUGGCGUGGAUGCAGAACGCAAGAUCUGCAUGUCCGUCCUGUGGGGGCCCAUCCCUGGCACCCCCAGGAGAACGUGCCCUGGUCCUAGAGCUAGCCAAGCAGCAAAUCCUAGCGGGCCUGCACCUGACCAGCCGGCCCAGAAUCAGUCGCCCUCUGCCCCAGGCAGCACUAACCAGAGCCCUCCGGAGACUGCAGCCCGGGAGCGUGGUUCCUGGCAACCGAGAGGAAGUCAUCAGCUUUGCUACCAUCGUAGGCAAAUCCACUUCCACCUACCGCUCCAUGCUCACCUUCCAGCUGUCCCCUCUUUGGUCCCACCACCUGCACCAUGCCCGCCUCUGGCUGCAUGUGCCCGGAUCUCUCCCUGGCACUCUCCACCUGAGGAUCUUCCGUUGCGGCACCAGGCGGUGCCGCGGAUCUCGCACCUUCCUGGCUCAGCACCGAACGACUUCCCCAGGCUGGCACGCCCUGACUCUGCCCUCUAGUGGCCUGCGGAGCGAGGAAUCUGGGGUGGUGAGGCUGGAGCUGGACUACAGGCCCCUGGGCCCCAACAGCACCCGGGUUGCGGGACUGCCACGGCGGCUCUUGGACACGGAGGGACAGCAGCGUCCCUUCCUGGAACUCAAGAUCCGAGCUAAUGAGCUCGGAGCAGGCCGGGCCAGGAGGAGGACGCCCACCUGUGAGCCCGAGACCCCCUUAUGCUGCAGGCGAGACCACUACGUAGACUUCCAGGAGCUGGGGUGGCGGGACUGGAUCCUGCAGCCUGAAGGAUACCAGCUGAACUACUGCAGCGGGCAGUGCCCGCCCCACCUGGCUGGCAGCCCUGGCAUUGCGGCCUCCUUCCAUUCCGCUGUCUUCAGCCUCCUCAAAGCCAACAACCCUUGGCCUGCGGGUUCCUCCUGCUGUGUCCCCACGGCCCGAAGACCCCUCUCGCUCCUCUACCUCGACCACAAUGGCAACGUGGUCAAGACCGACGUGCCAGACAUGGUCGUGGAAGCCUGCGGCUGCAGCUAGCAAGAGGACCUGAAGGUUCUGAGUGAAGUUCAAGGUUCAGGUUGGGGGGUUCCCUGGCAAAGACUCCCGUGUCUGGGAGCCUGAGAUUUGCUGACCCGUGCAGGUUCCCAACAGACUACCUGGCAGUGUGGCUGGGCUUGACCCCUAUGGGACUCAAAUGGGCAUUUUCUUGUCCUAGAUUCUGGUCUAUUUCAGGCUGUUUCCAAUGCGGACAGAUGGGUAAAGUGUUUCCUUUCAAGGGGACUGCCUGGCCAGCAGCAUUUCCUACAUUGAGCCCUGUUCCCGGACAGCAGGGGAUGUCGUGGGAGGGAAAGAAGGACGCAGGGGGAGAUGACUUAGUUUCUCCCCCCAGAAAAGAAAUUCCUCAAGUAAGGAAGGAGGAACUAGAGGGCCCAGCAGACUGGGGGACAGCAGACAAGCAAGCUAAGAACCCGGACUACUGCCCUCUUUGAAGCAACGUCAAGAGGAAGAGGAGCAAGGUGUGGGAGUGGGGAUGGGUUGAGGGGCUUAGGAGGACCUGGAAUUGCGAGUCAGUAAAAAGGGAUGCGGAGCCCAUGAAGUUCUCUAGCUUUCCCUCGAGGACAAGACAUAAUUUCUCAUGUGGAAGACAUAAUUUAUACUUUCUUAAUAAAAACAAGAAAGAAAAGGAACA